AUGAAAUUCCUUGGACUAGCUGCUUUGUUUCUUGCCCAGACCGUGGCGGGUCUGACGGCUGCCCAAUGGCGCAGCCAAUCGAUCUACUUCCUCAUGACUGAUCGGUUUGGUCGAACCGACAACUCCGUGACUGCUUCAUGCAACACAAAUGACCGAGUGAGUUUCUCCCCUCUUUUCGCGUCGGGAGGCGGUCCAGAACUUUCGUCGUCUGUGAUACUGAUUGUAUUCUCCAAGGUAUACUGUGGUGGAACUUGGCAAGGCAUUAUCAAUCAAUUGGAUUACAUCCAAGGAAUGGGAUUUACUGCGAUUUGGAUCACUCCAGUCACAGAGCAGCUUCCUCAAGAUACUGGGGACGGUGAGGCAUACCACGGAUAUUGGCAACAGGAAAUAUAUAAUGUCAACAACAACUACGGCACUGCUGCCGAUCUCAAGGCUCUUUCGCAAGCCCUUCACAGUCGUGGAAUGUACCUUAUGGUUGACGUUGUCGCGAACCACAUGGGCUACGCGGGGGCUGGAAACACCGUCGACUACAGUGUCUUCAAGCCAUUCAGCUCCUCUUCGUACUUUCACCCGUAUUGCCUGAUCAGCGAUUACUCAAAUCAGACAAAUGUCGAGGACUGUUGGCUUGGGGACACCACUGUCUCACUCCCCGAUCUUGAUACCACUCUUUCUUCCGUGCAGACGAUCUGGUAUAAUUGGGUCAGUGACCUAGUUUCAAACUAUUCCAUCGACGGUCUUCGGAUCGAUACUGUCAAGCACGUUCAAAAGUCAUUCUGGCCUGGCUAUCAGAGUGCUGCUGGUGUCUACUGUGUUGGGGAGGUCUUCAGUGGUGAUCCGGCUUACACCUGCCCUUAUCAAAACUACCUUGAUGGAGUUUUGAAUUAUCCAAUCUAUUACCAAUUACUUGGCGCAUUCAAAUCAACAAGUGGAAGCAUCAGCAGCCUUUACAACAUGAUCAACUCUGUUGCGUCCGACUGUGCGGACCCAACCCUGCUUGGUAACUUUAUUGAAAACCAUGACAACCCACGCUUUGCUUCGUACACAAGCGACUACUCGCAAGCGAAAAAUGUCAUCUCGUUCAUUUUCUUGUCCGAUGGGAUCCCGAUCGUCUAUGCUGGACAGGAACAGCACUACAGUGGCGGUAACGACCCUGCUAAUCGUGAAGCGACUUGGCUUUCCGGAUACUCAAAGAACGCUCAACUGUACCAACACAUUGCUUCGACAAACAAAAUCCGCAGUCUUGCGAUAUCGAAGGAUGCCAAUUACAUCACUUCCAAGAACAAUGCUUUCUACACUGACAGUAACACAAUCGCCAUGAAGAAGGGAUCCUCCGGAUCGCAGGUCGUGACUGUUCUCUCAAACCGUGGCUCGUCAGGUAGCUCGUACACUUUGAGUCUCAGCGGCAGCGGCUAUGCGGCUGGCACCAAACUGGUGGAAAUGUACACCUGCACCGCUGUUACCGUUGAUUCGAAUGGCAACAUCGCAGUUUCCAUGACCUCUGGGCUGCCUCGAGUGUUUAUGCUGGCCUCCUCUGGAUGCUCUCUUUGCAGUUCAGCGUGCUCCGCAACUGCAACCACGCUCAAGACUACGACCGCUACGGCGACCAGCUGCACCCAAGCCACCGCUCUGCCUGUUCUGUUUAAAGAUACAGUGACCACUUCUUACGGUCAGAGCGUCUAUCUCGCCGGCUCGAUCAGUCAACUCGGUAGCUGGAACGCCGCUAAUGCCGUUGCGUUGUCCGCUGAUAAGUACACAUCAUCCAAUCCGUUAUGGUAUGCAACUGUGACGCUGCCCGUGGGAACUUCGUUCCAGUACAAGUUCAUCAAAAAGACGAGCAGCUCUGGCUCAGUCACUUGGGAAAGCGACCCCAACCGGUCGUACACAGUCCCCACCGGGUGCGUAGGCUCUACGGCCACUGUUACUGCUACUUGGAGGUAG